AUGGCGGAACCACAGUACGCGGUCGAUUUGGGCAACCUUAUGGCGGAGGAGAUUGUGAAGGCGGCCCUCGAGCACGGCACGAAGUUAGUGCAAGCGGUGGCCGGUGCCCUUUUCAGUUUGCCUUCUGUGGAGGAUCCCGACGGUCCCAUCGUUAAAUUGCCUGCGCCGAGUACGAAACUGCCCAGAGAAAAGCCGUUUGUUGAAGGAGAUAAUGGGUGUAUACUGUAUAGUCUGCCUUUCAAUAGGCUGGCCUUGCUUCCGAAGCCUAGACCUCCAACAAAAUGGGAAGUGUUUGCCCAAAAGAAAGGAAUUCAGAAGAGAAAGAAGGAAAAAUUGGUGUUUGACGAGCAAACUCAUACCUGGAAGCGCCGCCAUGGUUAUGAUCGUGUUAACGAUGACAAUGACAUCCCAAUCAUCGAGGCCAAAGCAACUGAUGAACCAGGAACAGAUCCUUUCGCUGAGAGACGGAAGGAGAAGAAAAGCAGAGUUGAGAAACAGGAGAAAAAUCGCUUGGGUAACCUGAAACAAGCACAGAAAGUUGGUGCCCUGCCUAGCCAUAUUCAACUUGCAGCCACCUCAUUGCCCAUCACAGGAACAAAAGCAAAUCCAAAGAAAGUAAGCAAAGAUGAGCUUCAAAAUGUUGCAGGUUUGGCGGCAACUUCAACUGCCAGUGGUGGGAAAUUUGACAAGAAAUUGGCUGGAGAGAAGCCCCCAAAGCAUGAAAAGAAGUAUAGAAAGUUUCUGCCGACUGUAGAAGGAUCGGGAAUGGGUGCAAUGGAGAGGCAGCAAACCGAGAAAGUCUUGAAUAGAUUGAUUUCGAAAAACUCGCACGAGAUACUCAAUGUUGAAAAGGCUGUGAACAUGUACAAUGUGAAGAAGGAGAAGAAACAAAGAAAGCAAGGUGGACAAUUAUCGGCUUCAGGCAAGUUGAAGCCCGGCAAGAAAUCUUUCAAGAAAAAACCGCAAAAAGGGUCAUUCUCGAAUAAAGGAAAAUCAAAAUGAUGGCACUACCGGUAAACUGGUUUAGGGUCAUGAAAUUUUUGGGUAUUGGCCGGGGAAGGAAGAAAAGUUCUGCAUCAAUGGAAGAUGUGUUCCUUCUAUUUGACAUUUUCUGUUUUUCUUAUUGUGCCUUUUUUCUUUAUAUAUUAGUUUUGUAUUUUGUAUGAGCUUUAAGACCUCAGUCUAUUUAUAAUCUCUGAGAUUCUCUGGUUAUAAGUAAAUUGUUAGAUUGGAUCAUGGACGAACACAUCUCUGAGAUUUAAGACCUCAGUCUAUUUAUAAACUC